UGAUUUAUAGAUAUAAUACUGCUGUGGUGUUCAAGAGAGUUUAAUAAGACAAGAAACGCAGCGUUCAAGUAUUCCACUAUUAUCUUCAACGAUUUCAGUUCAUUCAAUGGAAGACUACAUAACCACCCAUUAUCCGAGUAAAACGUUGUCAUCAUCGUCAUGGAUUUCUCUAUAGACCAUCAUUGUUAAUGUGGACAAAAGCAGAGGAGCGUCUCGACUCUGGAUCCGAGCUUCAGUAGAGGUGGGCAGCGGUCGCAGGAGAACUUACAGCGGGGAAUGACGGGAGGAGACGGCUUUCCCGAUGGAGAAGAGGAGAGCCCUUUUCCAGGCCCCUGCGUGCGUACGGUGCAGGCGGACCGAACCGGCGGCGGGCAGGACCCCGGGGAAAGCUCUCCGGGGUGUGAGGAGAGUGGAGGAGAGCAGACACACAAGGAUGUGGACAUGAACAGUGGUCAUGAGUCCAGCAGUGGGAACGACAGCCUCGCUGGAUCACGACAUCAUCGGUCCUCGGCCAAUUGCAGCCCUGGAAGCACCACGGGGUCAGGAAGCACUAAGAGCUCAAAGUCUGCCACUGUCUCUUCAUCCUCCAGCUUUCACAGCUCUCGUCACACAGAGUGCAGCAGUGAGCAGACGGAGCACGGGCGAGGGCAGACACACAGAGAGAUGAUGCAGACGGUGCAGGAGAUGAAGAAGCGUCUGCCGUCUGAGAAGAGGAUGCGCAGUAAAGCCAGCACUGUGGAGGCACUGCACUACGCGCUGAACUGUGUCAAACAAGUGCAAGCAAACAGUGAGUACUACAACUUGCUGAUGAGCAGGGGUCUGAAGGAGAGACGGGACGCUACUGUGUGCACACUGGAGGAGCUGGAGAGAAUCACGUCAGAACACACACUCAAAAACACGGACAUGUUUGUGGUGGUCUACUCUCUGGCCUCUGGGAAGGUGGUGUACGCGUCUGAACAGGCCUCCAGCGUGCUUCACUGCAAGAGGAAGUUUCUGGAAUCUGCCAAGUUCGUGGACCUUUUGUACCAUCAGGACGUCAAUGUGUUUUACUCGCACACGGCGCAGCCGCCGCGACUGCCGCACUGGAAUGUGGGAACGGACAAUGCAGCGGCUCUGUUUGAAUGUGCCCAGGUCAAGUCCUUCUUCUGUCGAUUCAGAGGAGGGAAAGACAGAGAUGGAGAAAUGCGUUAUUGUCCUUUCCGGAUCACCCCGUACCUGCUGAAGGUUCAGGGAUUGAGUGGAGAAGAGCCGUGCUGCCUGUCCCUCGCUGAACGCAUCAUCUCAGGAUAUGAGGCCCCUCGCAUCCCCAUGGACAAGCGCAUAUUCAGCACGACUCAUUCUCCAGGCUGUGUCUUUUUAGAAGUGGAUGACCGUGCGGUGCCUCUGCUCGGUUACCUCCCUCAGGACCUGAUCGGUUCCUCUGUUCUGACCGUCCUACAUCCAGACGACCGGCAGCUCAUGCUGGCCUUGCAUCGCAAAAUUCUGAAGUACGCAGGCCAGCCGCCGUUUGAACACUCGCCCAUCCGGUUCCGGUGUCAGAACGGGGACUACGUGACCCUGGACUCCAGCUGGUCCAGCUUCAUCAACCCUUGGAGCCGGAAGGUGGCCUUCAUCAUCGGCAGGCACAAAGUUCGCACUGGACCUCUGAAUGAAGAUGUUUUUGCUGCACGGAGUAAUGCCGAGCAGCCAAUCAUGUGUGAGGACGUGAAAGAGCUUCAGGCCAUGAUCCACAAGCUCUUCCAGCAGCCUGUUCAUAAUAAAGGAUCGAGUGGCUAUGGCAGUCUGGGUAGUAACGGCUCUCACGAGCACUACAUCAGUGUGGCGUCGUCCAGCGACAGUAACGGAAACCUCUGGGAGGACUCGCACAGAGAACCAAUGACGUUGCAGCAGUUUUGUACAGAUGUCAAUAAAGUGAAAAACUGGGGCCAGCAGGCGUAUCGCGACUCCCGGAGGAAGCUCACACCUUUAGGACCAACCACUGCAGUGGCAGGCGCAGGAUUUCAUCCUAACUCCAGUCAGGGUUUGGGAAUUAGAAAUCAUCUGAAGCAGUCUCUACAAGAAGCCCGGAAACAUCCACACAUUCCAUCGUAUCAGCAGAUCAACUGUGUGGACAGCAUCAUCAGAUAUCUAGAGAGCUGUGCAACAUCUGCUCUGAAACGAAAGAGCGAGUCUUUGUCCAUAUUUACUUCUUCCUCUUCUUCUAUGUCUGAGGAAGAGAAACCUGAAGCGGUCGCACAGGAAGACACCAUGAACACAGAUGAAGCUGCUCUCGAGGGCGCUGGUGUUCUGGACAGUCAGGUGUCUGCGGGAUCAGUCACGACGGCAGCUGUAGUGGGAGCACAGCUCACUGACCUCACGAUCUCUACAGAAGCCAUGAGCGUUGUGUCCGUCACCAGUCAGUGCAGCUACAGCAGCACCAUAGUGCAUGUCCCGCAGCCCGAGUCGGAAGUCACAGCCUUAGAAGAUGCUCCAAUGGGUAGCGAGCCCACAGACUCCGCCCCCACCCCUGCAUGCCCCGCCCCCAGCACCUCUUUAGCGGCUCAGGAGGAGUUACUCCUGGUGGGUCUCACCAAAGAGGUGCUGUCAGCUCACACCCAGAAUGAGGAGCAGCAAUUCGUCGACCGUUUCCGACAUCGUAUCCUGCAGAGUCCCUACAGCUCCUACCUCCAACAGGACAACAGCAGCAUGGCCCAUUCUCAUCACAGAGGUGAUGUCGUGCGACCUCCGAACAAACACAAGCGUCCGAAACCAGAGGACUCGUCCGACAGCUACGGCUCCCAGCCGGGCAACUACUGGUCACUUCCCGGACCCACAGGAGCGCCCCAUUCCUCCUGGCCUUCCUCAGAGUCAUCUCAGCUCCCGCCAUCCAACAUCGGCUUUGUGCCGCCCAUGCAAACCGCCCCUUACUUCACCGUCGGUGCGGAUCAGCAGCCCAUGGUGGUCCAGCCUCACCAAGGUCUCCAGAACCUCCAGCCCAUGACUCCCAUGAUGGUUGUCCUACUUCCUAGCUACCCCAUGUACCCCGGCACCAAUGGCAUGUACCUCCAGGGGAUGCCCGUUGCUGCGCCUGGAGUCGUUCCCCAGACUCCCUUUAAUAUGGGUGGGUUUGUCCCACCUGGUGCCCACAUGGCUCAUGGGUCUCCAUUGCAUGGACAUGUUCCAGGGUCCACCGUCACAGGUGUUGGGAUGCCAGCCGGUGCCUCCGCAGAGGUCGACUCGAUUCCCACCCCUUGGUUUGGGGAAGACCUUGAUGCAGGACAGCCCACAGCGCUCUUCUCCAGCUCUCGCUCCAGCUCACCCAUCCAGCUGAAUUUACUCCAGGAGGAGCUGACCAAACCCACCGAACCCCUGAACAGCGCUGGUCCUGAGAGUCUGCACCAGCACCACGCCAAAACGGAAGAAGCUCCCAGUGAGUCGGGGAACCAGGACGCCCAUUCUACCUCCAGCGAAAUGCUUGACCAAUUGCUACAGGAGGACGCCCGCUCAGGAACCGGCUCCAACGCGUCGGGCAGUGGCUCCGGAGAGUCGGGAGGCUCACUGGGCUCCGGACUGGGAUCUAACGGAACGUCAACCAGCCAUACCGGCAGCAGCAACAACAGCAAGUACUUUGCAAGCAACGAUUCAUCGGACACGUCCCGAAAGGCGCGCAAGUCCGCGGAGGCCCAGGAAAAGGAGCGUACGACCCUCAAGAAGCCCGUGGACAACCCUCUGUGGAGCGCGAUCAAGCAGACACCAGAGCCCAUCAUGAUGACCUAUCGGAUCAGCCCCAGGGAUCAGGACCAGGUUCUGCAAGAAGACCGAGAGAAGCUGCUUCUGAUGCAGCCCAUGCAGCCCUGGUUCACCCUGGACCAGAAGAAGGAGCUCGCUGAGGUUCAUCCCUGGAUCCGGCAGCACACCUUCCCACAGGAGAUCAACACACAGGGCUGUGUGAGUUGUAACACCAUGGAAUCGGGUGAGAAACUGAAUCUUCAGACUGACUCUCCGAACCCUCCUGACAGCUCCUGUCCGUCACAGGACACCAGACCCACCACAGACACCUGAAAGCUCUCUGCUGCUUAGACAAUCACUGCCACUGCUGGACCUCCGGCUUUCUGGGACUCGAUGACUCCUCUGCUUUCAGCUGGGAUUCUUAGGAAGGGAGAGCCGUCCGUGUGCCAGCCUCUCAUAAUCCCGCCAUCCAACAUCGGCUUUGUGCCGCCCGUGGCAGUGCCCACGCAAACCGCCCCUUACUUCACCGUCGGUGCGGAUCAGCAGCCCAUGGUGGUCCAGCCUGACCAAGGUCUCCAGAACCUUCAGC